UAAGACGUCGAGGCACGCACAGGUGGCCACAGUACCUUCCUUCACCUGCCGGACCUAACGCAGCCAUGCCAUCUCCUUACGCGGUGUCCAGCCUCCUCCUGGGCCUGCCCCUUCUUGCUCUCUCCUACCCUGACCAAGUGCCCGACUCCGCCUGUGCCUGGUUGGCCCCCUGGCACAAGCCGUACACGGAGCCUGCCCAGGGACCCGCGCCCUUCAAGCUCAGGACCUACCAUGACCGAGCGGUUGCCGGCGUCCCAAUGCCUGUGUGCCUGGUGGGUGCGCGGCCGUUCCUCGGCUUCAUGCUGCAGGCACAGGACGAGGCCAGCGGUGAGACCCUCGGCGCCUGGGAGGUGCCCGCAGCCUCCCCCGCCGCCACCAUGACGUGCUCCAAAACGAACGACACAGUGACACACUCUAGCGGCGAGCACAAGCAGGUCGUCGCGUUGUCGUUUCUGCCUCCCGACGACUACAAUGGCACGGUCGUCUUCAAGGCGACUGUGGUGACGUCUUAUUCUACCUACUACGCGGACAUCACCUCCAGACCCUUCAGUGUCGUCUCCGUGUAGCCGGUGUGGCGGACUGAACGGUCCCCCCUGGUCCCCCCCUCUACUGCGCAUGCGCCGGCCCGUGUUGACACGCCUCAAUUUUAGGGGGGACCAGCUGGCCCGCAUCUACCGUAGACUGAUUGGUUCCCCCACGAGACAUCGGUCCGCCCUCCUUAGUCUGUCAUUUGCAUGACUCGGGAACUGGUGCCUGUUAUUUUCCUUUGGUGUAACCAAGGGUGUAACGAUUUUUUUUACUCAUAUCUGAACAAAAUGUACAACUAAGAGCCUCCAGUAAACUGGUUUCCCUU